GUAGCGCUCGGCGAGUCUCUAGAACGAGGCUGGCCCUUGUGAAGUCACGCUGAGCCUUCGAACCGUCUGCCUUGAUCGCAUGUCAUCCUGCUUUCCCGAAGACAGGAGAACGAGCUGGUCGCAGCAGGACUGAGGAGCACAACCUUGCGGACGCACAAUGGGAGUCCUACCGGCCGAAUAUUCUACGCACUCGGCAAGACAUAAGCAGACAGCAGCUACAACAGCUGCCGUCGGAGUGACCGAGCAUCCACUAGCGACCCAUGCUGCGAGCCCCGCCAUGGCUGACCAGAACGAGCUCACUGCCGCGCUUGCAUCGCUGCCCGACUCUGACAACGCAGCAGCUGCAGGCGAUGCAGACCCGCCUAAUGGCCCAACUGAGGCUGCUACCCAGUCAGAUCCAACAGACUCGCAAGUGGCAGCAAUCGUAGAUCCAAGCUCGACGCCUGCGAGCCCCGUCGAGCCGCAGCCUUUCCUCACGCCUGCAAUGCGGCUCCGAGCGGGCUUGGCCAGACGCAUGCUCAUUGGCUUGAACGGCCUGGGAGGCCACAAGAGAAUCUCACUCAUGCUCACUGGCUGGUGGACAAUCGCCCAGAUCGUUGCUUUCAUCGUCGUCCUCGCGGUCACCCACAACGAUCCCUGCGACCAACCUCUGCGCGCAUACCUCGCGGUACAUGUCGUGCGGAUAGCUCUGGUGUUUCCCAUCAACUUCUAUCAGGCUCUCAAUCCUGUCAGCAGGGAUCGAGAUGCGAGCACGACGGCAGAGGACAGAGCGGAAAGGGAAGCACGACGUGUGCUGGGAUCGCCCCUGCUCGACUCACGCGUCAUACUCGCUCAUGAGUUGCUGUCGAUACUCGGACUCGUUAUGUUUGUACUCGGCAACGUCUGGUACUGGUCUGCCAAUACCUGUCGUCGUGAUGCUCCGCCGCUUUACUGGUCCAGUCUGAUCACGCUCAUCACUGGCUACUUCUAUGCGGCCGAGGUCAUCUUUGUCGUCUUCUCCGUGCUCUUCUUCCUGCCCCUCGUCAUCCUGCUUCUCCGGAGCUUCGGCGUGUAUACCAAGAAGCACGAGAUCGGACCACUGAGCAAGGAGGAAAUGGAGAAAUUGCCGCUUGUGCUUUUUGUACCUCUAGCGGCCGAUGCGCCUACGACAGUAUCAGACACAGCUGUGGUCGAUACAACAGAAACGGCGACAGCUACAGCAACGAUAACGUCUCCAACAGAGCCGAUCACAGAAAAUGCCAAGGAGCGCAGCAUACGGCCCUCUCGAAGGCGGAGACGCUUAGCAAGAUUGUUCACAUAUCCCAGCAGGCAUCGUUCCUCGGCAGACAAAGCGACCACUUCAUCACUCGAACCGAAUGCUGAUGAAGGCGGACCUUACGUCAGGACGCCGUAUCCGCUUCGUCCGCUUGCAGAAAACCAGGCGACCUGCAGUAUCUGUCUAUGUGAUUAUGAGCCACCACCAUUGCGGGGCAUAGUGCCAGAUGGCGAGCAGCCAGAGUUUGAGCCGCUGCGCCUGCUACCCUGUGGACACUGCCUUCAUAAGGAAUGCGUCGAUGCGUGGUUCCUCACGAGCGGCCGUUGUCCGAUCUGUCAAGCCGACGUUCGUCCUGCACCCAAAGGCAAAGCGCAAGCAAGCUCGAGCAAUGUCGAGGCAGACGCGGCCUGACGUCAAUACACGAUUCUGCAAGAUCUAUGGUUGUUGUAUAGUCAUGCAAUCGAUUGUACAUACUCAUUGCGUCGAUACAUUCUCGGACGUGCCGAGUUUCUCAUACCGUGCUGUCAUGUCGUCAUCGGCCGCUUGCUGCUUCUCACGCUGAUCCGCGAAACUGAAAAGCGACUUGGCCGGACUGCCGUACUGGAAAGACUCGUCCCCAAUGGUAAGAGGAUCGCCGCGGGCAGACCAGAAGCGAUGCGUCUUGGAGCUGACACCGUAGGCCGUUGGAGUCACCUCAAUGACAUCGCCGCGCUUGAGGUCGAUCUUGGGGAUGUCUUGCGGCGCAAGACCCUUGAGAUAUGCGAAAAGACAACGCAGUACUGACGCAUGCCCUAUGCAAAGCAAGUCAUUCGGCUCUCUUUCGAGCUCGAAGAUGACAGGCUCCAGUCGGAC